AGCUGUAUAAAUACCGACGUUAGUGCUCAUUGUUGUUCAGUCAAUUCAAUCAAUCGUCGUCAAAAGCUUUCACAUCUCUCUGACAGAUUAGCGACCGCAAUACACUCAUAACCGCUUUCCGACUACUCUCAUGGCUACAAAAGUGUAUAUUGUGUACUACUCUAUGUAUGGACAUGUAGAGAAGCUAGCUGAAGAAAUCAAGAAAGGAGCUGCAUCUGUUGAAGGAGUUGAAGCCAAAUUAUGGCAGGUCCCAGAGACAUUGCAUGAAGAUGUGCUUGGAAAAAUGAGUGCACCACCAAAGAGCGAUGUACCCGUAAUCACACCAAAUGAACUCUCUGAAGCAGAUGGAUUUAUUUUCGGGUUCCCCACAAGAUUGGGUAUGAUGCCUGCUCAAUUCAAAGCCUUUUUUGAUUCCACUGGUGGUCUUUGGAGAACCCAACAGCUCGCCGGCAAGCCAGCUGGCAUCUUCUAUAGCACCGGAUCUCAAGGUGGUGGUCAAGAAACUACCGCUUUGACUGCGAUAACUCAACUGGUUCACCAUGGAAUGAUAUUUGUACCAAUUGGAUACACAUUCGGGGCUGGCAUGUUUGAAAUGGAAAAAGUCAAAGGUGGAAGUCCUUACGGUGCAGGAACUUACGCAGCCGAUGGGUCUAGACAACCAUCUGAACUCGAGCUCGAACAAGCGUUUCACCAGGGAAAAUACAUUGCCACAGUUGCUAAGAAACUUAAGGGAGUUGCAUGAUUUCACCAUCUCAGAAAAUACAAAAAACCAUACCAUAAUCUCAAGAUUGUUUGUUUUACCUUUAAAGUUUCAUAUCUCUAUUUUUCUAUUAUGUGAUUGCAAAAGGGUGAUUGUUACUUUUAUAAGCACACAGUAGUAUGUUUUCAUGUUGUUUAUAUUUC